AUGUCGGUCUCUAACCCUCUCGGCGAUACAAUCGUUGCCGGGGCGCUCAACCCUGCUGAGGGAAAGAUCGUCUCGGUGCCGAACCAUGAGGCCAUCAAUGAGAAAUCCAGCACUCAUAUGAGUACUCCUGAAAAGGGGCUCAAUGCCGAAGUCAAGGAAAUUCGGCCUCUUUCAGACAUUUCUGAUCAUGAUACGGACGAUGGAAGUGAAGACGUCAUCAUCAGAACUGGCGCGGAUGCCGCUGAGCAUUUGUUGCCUCUCCGCGACGACUUCCAACCUGCUCUGACUUUCCGAAGUCUCCUUCUAGCCACCUGCCUCUCAGCCUUCCAGGCGGUCAUGAGUCAAAUCUACACGUUCAAACCCACCCAGGUCACCAUCUCGGGAACCUUCAUCGUUCUCAUUGCCUAUUUUCUAGGCAAAGCAUGGGCCAACUUUCUCCCCCGAGGCGAUAAAUUCGAAGCUCGGUGGAGGGAGAAGGGCGGGGAAGGUCAACCUCCCCAAUGGAUUCGGAUUCUGUCUUUCUUCAAUCAUGGACCCUGGAACCUCAAAGAGCAUGCUAUUUGUGCUAUCACAGCAACAUCUGCGUCCAACGCCGCCGCCAGUAUCCAAGUCUUCGCGGCACAGGACCUUUUCUACGAUCUUCCCUUGAGUCCAACUACGGUUGUUUUGAGCGUCAUCUCCAUUGGACUAUUUGGCUAUGGCAUAUGCGGCGUCAUGCGACCCAUCGCCGUUUGGCAUGUUGACGCUGUUUACUGGAGCACUCUACCCACCGUCAAAACACUUCAGGGGCUGCAUUGGCAAGACUUGAAGAAUUCGAAGCCUCUGCGAUGGUUUUGGUACAGCUUUUUCGGUAUUUUCGUCUACGAGUUCUUCCCUGCCUACAUGUGGCCGUGGCUUAACUCGGUCUCUGUUCCUUGUCUCGCCGCGAUGCAUGCAACGGGACAGAAGGCUGCUACCCUGACCAAUCUUUUUGGCGGUGCGACCAACAACGAAGGACUGGGUCUAUUCAGUUUGUCCUUCGACUGGCAAUACAUUACUUCGUUCAACACGUCGCUUCCCCUCGCACUGCAGGCCCACGCAGCACUUGGGUACUUCGUGUGUUUCAUCGCAAUGCUUACCAUCUACUACACCAACGCGUGGGACUCCAAGUCUCAGCCAUUCAUGUCAACGCGUCUUCGCUCUGAGGAUGGAUCCACGUACCCCAUUGCGAAGGUUUUCACUGGUGGCGUACUGAACAAGGAUGCUUUGGCAACCUACGGAAUUCCUAGGCUUACUGGGAGCUUUGCCUACGCCAUGUUCAUGGCAAACGCAGCGAUUGGUGCCUUGAUUGCACACUGCUUCCUGUUCUGGGGAGGAGACGUUGUCAAGGCUUACAAGAGCGCGAAGAGUGGUCGAUAUGAAGACAGGCACCAUGCACACAUGGCCAAGCACUACAAGGAGACCCCUUGGUGGUGGUAUGUGGUAGUCCUUGUUCUCAGCUUCGUUCUAGGAAUCAUCGUCGUGACCACUCAGAACAUCACUCUUCCAGUUUGGGCGUACAUUGUGUCCCUGUUGCUUGGGAUUUUCAUUGCACCUUUGAGUACUAUUUUAUACUCUCGAUAUGGCAACGGAAUCGCCACGAACAAUCUGUCGAAAAUGCUUGCCGGCCUGCUCUUGCCGGAGCGCCCCAUUGGCAACAUGUAUUUUGCCGCUUGGUCACACAACGUCAUUUCAAACGCUGUCACCCUUUCCAAUGAUUUGAAGAUGGGCGAAUACCUCAAGAUCCCGCCUCGUGUCAUGUUCCUGACGCAGGUAUACGGCACCAUCUUGGGCGGUUUCAUUAAUUAUGCUGUCAUGAUCUCAAUUGUCAACGGAAACCGUGAGCUUCUUGUGGACAGCAAUGGUAACAGUGCCUGGAGCGGUGCCACGAUGCAGUCCUACAACACCAACGCGACAUCUUGGGCUUUGGCACGAUACCUCUACAAGAUCGGGGGAAAGUACGAAAUGGUCCCUAUUGGUCUCGGUAUUGGUUUUGGAAUUGUCGCUCUUCACAGGCUGGUGGUCUACUUCGUUCCCAAAAUUCGUGGGUUCUCUCUCUCGGAGAUCAACUUCCCUCAAUUCAUCCAGUAUGCUGGUUUCAUCCCGUACAACCAGUCGCAAACUUGCGUCAUCUUCAGCCAGAUCAUCGCGGGGUUUUUUACCCAGUUUUAUCUGCGCAACUACCGGCCUAGAAUCUUCCGCGACUAUUCUUACCUCGUCACCGGCGCUAUGGAUGGUGCGAGUUUGACGGUGCUAUUCAUUCUAUCAUUCGCUGUGUUCGGCGCUGGCGGCUCUUCCAAGCCGUUUCCGAUUUGGUGGGGCAACAACGCGAACGGUAAUUACGAUCUAUGCCCAUCUUCAGAGUAG